AUGAAUACAAGGGCUAAAGUUCUGGUUUAUGAUGGUGCACCAGAUAUAAAAUGCCCAGAAUUGAAAAGUUCACAGUUUCUACUGAAGCGAUACAUCAUGGAUUUGGAGCUAAUAUCUGUGCUUCUGAGUGUGAUUGUUCUACAGAUUGUUUGCUGUCUGCCUGUUCAAACACCAUUCGAAACAGAUGAAGACAAUGAAAUAGAACAAGAUAUCUUUGAUAUCAAUGAAGCUUUGGGUCUGAACCUGUUCGAGGGUGAUAUCAAACUUGAAAAUGAGAGAAAUUCCAUUAUUGGUGAUGAGUAUCGAUGGCCCCACACUAUUCCAUAUGUCCUUGAGGAUAGCCUAGAGAUGAAUGCAAAGGGGCUUAUUCUCAAAGCAUUUGAACAGUAUCGCCUAAAAACCUGCAUUGAUUUCAAACCCUGGGAAGGUGAAAGAAAUUACAUAUCAGUGUUUAAAGGGAGUGGCUGCUGGUCCUCUGUGGGAAACCGUCAACAAGGAAGGCAAGAAAUAUCUAUAGGACAAUCAUGUGACAGACUUGCAACAAUUGAACAUGAAUUCCUUCAUGCAUUGGGAUUCUGGCAUGAGCAGUCACGAUCUGAUCGAGAUGAUUAUGUCACAAUAAUGCGAGACAGAAUUCAGGCUGGUAGAGAACAUAAUUUCAACAAAUAUGAUGAUAAAACAUCAGAUUUCCUUAAUGUCCCUUAUGACUAUACCUCUGUAAUGCACUACAGUAAAACUGCCUUCAUGAAUGGAACAGAACCAACAAUACUCACAAACAUCCCAGCUUUCAUAGAUGUGAUUGGACAGCGGAUGGAUUUCAGUGAAUAUGAUAUCCAGAAGCUGAGUCGACUGUACAACUGCACCUCUUCCUUGAGCUUUAUGGAGACAUGCAGUUUUGAACUGGAAAAUGUGUGCGGCAUGGUUCAAAGUACAGAAGAUAAUGAUGACUGGCAGCGCAUAACUCAAGUUUCUAGUGGACCACAGGAUGAUCACACCUAUGCUGGAAUCUGCCAAGAAACCGGCUACUUUUUGCACUUCAAUACUAGUACUGGAAACCCGGGGGACCGAGCUGUUUUAGAGAGCCGGUUUCUGUAUCCAAAGCGAGGAUUCCAGUGUCUUCAGUUCUAUUAUUUUAACAGUGGAAGUGAAGGGGACCAGUUGAACAUCUUAGUCAAAGAGUACACUGAAGAAAACCCCAAUGGCACUUUGAGGCUUGUCGGAACAAUACAAGGUUCACCUGUGGGCUACUGGGAGUUACACCAUGUUUCUUUGAAUGUUAUGAGUAAAUUCAGAAUAGUUUUUGAAGGUGUAAAAGGAUCUACUGCAUCAAAUGGAGGUUUUUCUAUUGAUGAUAUCAACCUGUCAGAAACGGCUUGCCCUCACCACGUUUGGCAUAUAAGGAAUUUCACUCAUCUCCUUAAUUCAAGCCCUUUGGGAUUGGAAGGAAAGUUAUACAGCCCACCAUUUUACUCUCCUGAAGGCUAUGCAUUUGAGGUGUCUAUAUACGUGAAUGGUAGUACAACUCCAUUUAAUUUAGCAAUGUAUGUUUCUUUGAUCUCUGGGGCAAAUGACGAUUUUCUCCAGUGGCCUUGUGCAUGGCAGCAGGUUACAGUAGUUCUACUUGAUCAACAUCCAGACAUCCGUCAACGUAUGUCCAAUGUAAGAAGCGUAACAACAGAUCCAACAUAUGUCCAAGAAUCCUCGGGUGAAUAUUUAUGGGAUAGACCAAAUAAAGUAGGAACAAAUGCCUCUUUCCCUAAUGGUACUCAAUUCAUGAGAGGUCCUGGAUAUGGGACAUCUGCCUUUUUAACACACGAAAGGUUAAAAAUACGUGACUUUAUAAAAGAUGAUGGUGUUUUCAUUCUGAUAACAACAGAAGAUAUAUCACAUUUAAUAUCAACUGAACAAAAUUUUACCACCACCCAGACACCACAUCAAAUGACAACCACUGAUGUGUGUGCAGCAUAUGGCUGUCAAAAUGAUGGAAUAUGUAUUGUUGUUGAUGGAAAGCCAGUAUGCAGGUGCCCUGUAGGUGUGGACUGGUGGUACACAGGGGAUAAAUGUGAAACGAAGGGGACAAAGGAAAACACUGUCAUCAUAGCAGUUGCCUCAUCUCUUUCUAUAUUUGCUGUCAUGUUGAUUAUCACUGUUGUAACUGCUUGCUGUAUCAAAAAGAAAUAUAGGAAAAAAAUCAAUGCAAUUAACAACCUGAAGUUUCAGAAUGCAUCAGCUUUUUGAAGAUGGAGGAAGUUUGGCAAACAAAACAAUCAGGAUCUUCAGUUAUGAUACUUUGACACCUUAUUCGAAAUAUCACCUUCAGUGUGAUUUCUUUUCAGCUGGCCACCAAGUAUUUGGCAUACACUAACAAAAGCAGAUCAGCAACACACAGUUCCCACUGCUUUUCUAAUACCCCCCUCCCAAAAAAAAAAACCCUGAGUAAUUUCUCCAGGAGAGAAGAUGAAAUGUGUAAGGCAGGCAGAUAUCUCUACUACCACUACGUAGUUUGUAAGAUGAAUUAGAUAAAGCAGACCCUCCCAUUACAAACAAUGAUCUAGGGUAGGGUCUUGCAUCCUAAAUUUCCCGUUAUUGCCUCCUAUAAUCUUUAACUUGCUCCUAAAAACAAAACUUGUUCUGAGCUUUAACAAAAUAGCUUUCCAGGGGAGAGAGAGGGUGCAAAAUCAUGUACAUAGCAGAGGCAUUUCCUCUGAAAAGUUGCAGGCAAUAUUACCUUGACUGAUGAAUAACAAAAUGGGGGAAAGAGUCUUGUUAUUGAGGUUGGUCUCUAUUAUCUUGCUAGCACUCCAUAACGGAAUUAUACAAGUAAGAUGAGCAAGGAAUGAUAUCUGUCAAUGCACUGUUAUUGUCUUAUGCUUUAAUAUAUGGAAGCAUUCAAUAUACAUUUAGACAAC